CUACCACUCUACGGACGACUAGAGUCUCAACUCUCAAGUAAAGGCCGCCAGCCGUCCCGCCGACAGCCCCAGUUUCGACAACCGUCGGCGUCGAGUCUCUGGCCGAUUCCUCCUGCUCGCCACGACGCCGAUCGGAAUCUUCAAUUCUUCACUCUGCCAGUUAAAUUGUUUUGGCCACCAUUGAUACUUGAUCGAAAGAAUUGUAACUAACAUCAAAAGGAUGGAUGAAGUUAUUUUAGGCAUGCCAGGACCAUGGGCUGAUGAUAUCUAUGAAGUAGCUGAUCAUUACACCAAAAAAUUGGUGGACUUCCAGACUGGCCUUUUUCGGUUAGCACAAUAAGGUCUCAUCUGCUUGAGUGCAGUGCUUGUAAAAACAGUCUAUGUCUCCUUGCACAGGUUAUACAAUUUGAAGCUGUUUUAUUGCUGAGAUGUUUAUCGUUUUUUCCCAAUCCAUGACAGAUGCUAAUAUUUUGUUUGCUAUCUCAUCUUUCAUUUUGCAUACUCAGGUUUAUGCUCCUAUUUCAAAAAAUCAUAUUAGUAUUGAAGAACGGGUAAUUUAUAUUUUUGGUUGUGCUGCAUCAAAAUGUGGGAGCACACCCGCAAGGUGUUUUAAAAUCCAAUUCCAUUUCCAGCAUAGAGUUAAGCAAAUGAUGUAGUUGUUGUGCUGAUUAGAUGUACUUGUUUUAUACAUUCUGCUUUCCAUAUAGCUGGAGAGCUCUUAGAGUUCAGAAACCUGUUAGUGGUGAAGGAUCAAAAUUCCCCUCUGAUGAUGAUACUGCCCCUUUACCUGAAUUUUCUGUUUCCACUACAAAUAAUGACUGGAAAAAGGAUUUGUGGAGUUUUGAUUCUGCUGAAGAGGAGGAUGCUGAAAAUGAUAUAGACUUGGAAGAAUUGAGUAGGGCAUUUUCUGAGGCUGCUAGCCUGGCCUCUCAUUCCAAGAAGAAAAUUCGCGAUCAUGAACGUAAUGCAAAACCGUUGUUAUUAGCCCACACAUCUCUAGUAGUUGAUGGGAAAAAACCAGUGAUUCCUUGUUUCUAUAUACAUGCGGAGGAGGAGAAGUUCUCAAAAAAAUCACUGCCUUAUAUCAUUGAAUGAAAUGUUGAAUUUGGUAAUUCAAAUGAUGAAGUGUGGGAAGAGGAGAAGUAUGAAUAUGACAGUGCACUGAAUGUAGACAGGACUUUCUUUAAAUUCAAAAAGCGAAUAGAUGCAUACCCACAGCAAUGUUUCAGGUAAUAAGUUUGGAGUCUCUUUCAUCAUUGUAUUUACUUUUCCUUUACCUUUCUUCCCCAUCGCACCUAGAUACUCAUAUGGCGGAAAGCCACUAUAUGCUUCUGCAGAGAAGUGUGAUCCUGAGAAAUGCAGGUUGUGUGGUGGAUCUAGGCACUAUGAAAUGCAGUUGAUGCCCCCAUUGUUAUAUUUUCUACAUGAAGCUUGUAGUGACAAACUGAAGCAAUCUGUGGAUAAAUGGAACUGGGUGACUUUAAUUGUGUAUACGUGUUCCAAGAGCUGUGGGGACAUUUCAUCUGAAGGAAACUGUGGCAAAGAUGAUGGGUGGACGGUAGCAGAGGAGGCCAUUGUUGUACAGUAUGAAUAGAAUGCCAAAAUUAGU